AUGUCAUUCAACUCAUUUGCCGACUCUUUAAACAAGCGUUUCCAGGAACUUUCGACCCAGGUCUCGCAAAGAGCGCAGGAUGCUCAACUUGACAAGAAACUCAAAGAUCUUUCAACAGCUGUUUCCCAGAGAACACAGGACUUGACUACGCAAUUACCAUCGCUAGCGCAAUCCACGCAACGUAUGGUGCAGGAAAAAUUGGGACAAGUGACGGACAUCUCUCAAUUGCCCCAAGAAUACGUGGAAUUGGAACACCGUAUUGACCGCAUCAGACUGGUUUAUGAGAACUUUUUGAAAGUGACGCAAGUGUACGAAAAUGAAAGCUACGAUUAUCCCAACAACGUGCGGGACUCUGUGAAUGAGUUUUCUGCUGUUGUGGGAUCGAAAUUGCACGAUCUAUCGCGCGUCACGUCCACGGGCGAAGCGCAAUCAGUGUUGAUCUCCCCAGGACCUCACCGUGAUCCUAAGACUCUCAACUAUGCACUCAGCAAAGUGGCCCUUACUUCCAGCGAGUAUCUCAACAAGUCUGUUGGCUCUGAAGAACCGGAUUUAUCGUCCAAGCUGCUCGCAUACAGCGAUGUCCAGGCAAAAAUCGCCCAGGCUAGAUUGCAACAGGACACUUUGAUCCAAACCAAAUUUAACAAAAAGUUGAGAGAUACUCUUGCAAAUGACUUGCAGGAGGCCCACUUGGCUCGCAAAAACGUGGAGCACAAACGGUUGCUGUACGAUAUCGCUCGCACGAACCUCGCUGCAGCGAAACCCGAAAAAGAGGCAUCCCUUAGAGUCGAAAUGGAGACACUUGAAGACGAAUUUGCCCAGGCCACCGACGACGCCGUUGUGAAAAUGCAAAAGGCUUCUGAAUCGUCUCAAUUCUUGAAGGACCUUCGCGAGCUAGUGUCCGCGCAAGCCGACUUCUACAAACAAUCCUCUGAACUUUUGGCUGAUUUCUUGCCACAACUUGAAUCUGCUUGA